AAUCCUAAUAAACUUUCUGCUAGAGUGUUUGAGAAAAGAUAUACAAAUACGGUUUUGAAAGGCCCAGGAUGUACCUAUUAAUAGCUUCUCCGCGCGCGCGUUAAUUGUUUCCAUCACCGUAAAGAUCAUUGUGUAUGUUAUUAUUGUCGACUUUUAUUGUCUAAUCUUUAGUAGUCCAUCUAUACGAGAGAGCCGAGCCGGUAGCAAUAAAAUAACCACGACGUAAAUCGACUUAUCUAAUCGAUUUUUCUGCUUCACGAUCGAGAGGAACGAGCAUACUUCGUCCGAGAUUAAAAAGUCAAUCGUUGAACGGAGAUGAAGUAUCCGAUGGAUAUUCAGGAGUUCAACGCGAGUGCCAUUUGACAAUGAGCCAAAAGCCGGCUUCUCCGUUGACUCGGUUUCUUUUUAUACCGUACGGUUUAGCUACGGUAUUAUUGCGCUAUUACUGCCGGGUGUUGGGCAUGGUUGGUGCAGUUUGGCGGGGCGGGAAAAGGUAACUCCGGCAAAUGAGGCCGUUGUCCACCGGUUCGCUGUACGGUAAGUUGGUCCGCACGUCGGAUGAAAAUCCGGACAACUACGUCGUGUGUGUACACGUUUGCAGCACAACAUCUUGGUUCGCUGCCAGUUUUAUUGCAACGUGCAUUUGCGUGCCUAAAGGACUUCCAACAAUCAUGUGGGGCGCAUUGGAAUCGUUUUUAUUUCUCUUUACGUUGAAAUCAUGCAUCGCCGUGGGAAACGCGUAUCCGACUACCGGCUCAGACGUAGAGCCUGCGAAAAAUAAUAUAAUGAAUCUCAUAAACGACGCAACCGCAUCUGCAGUUACAUCGUAUUCGUGUGUUUAUAUACCAUCGAAUUUAGAUUUAUGUAGAUUUGGUUCUAAAUCCACAGAAAAUCUCUGGGAUCCAAAGCAAAAACUGUCAGUAAAUAAAAAGCGCAAGUUAUUGGAGAAUAAUAAAAUGUAUUUUACGUCACGCCCAUCGAUGCGUGUCCCGGGAACGAAAAAGUUUCAAAGUCAACCAUUCGUAAAAACUAUAAUAUAUGAGAUACAAACUUGCGCACCGCCAAGAUUGCCAUUUGUUCUACCUUGGUGCACCGACGAAGAUCUCACCGAUAAGAAGAGCGAGAUCCACAAGCUUUAUCCCUUCAUGAUAAACGGCUUUCCGAAAGGAACAUACGAAUUUCCUACGAUGUUGCCUUCAAAGGAACUCGAACGAAAUCAGCAUAAUUUGUAAUGCACACUGUGUUGUGUGAAUUAAUUGACGCAUUUAAACGGCUAUUAUAAUAAUCGUGUCUAAAGCUUGACGAUAUUAUAAAAGAUAUACUUAUUGAAUUUCAUAAUUUUUUACUUUUAUUAACUAGUACUCCAUUGACAAAUCUAUUAAUGUGGGUGAGUCAAAAGGAAUAAAAAAAAAUAA